CACCGGCCUCUAACCGAUCCGUCUCAUCACAGUGAGGCCGGAUCUAAUCUCCCCACGACCAUAACUGGUGAGAUUUGGUUGUCGUGCGCUCAGAGAGAACCUUAGGCCAUGACGGUCCACGACGGGCCUCCCCUUGAGCCCACGAGGCUCACGGUGGGCUCACGAGCUUCACUUGGCUCGUCCCAAGAUGGCAAGAUCGCCAGAGCCAACAGCGAUUCGCGCCGAGAAAAUAAAUAUAUUUUUCUUUCUUAGGAUUUAAUUCGAUAAUUAUCCCUUUUUUUGUUUACUUUUUUUUUCCUUUUUAGUUUUUUAUUAAGAAAAUAAAGAAAUACCCCCAAGAAACCGCCUCCCAAAUUCCCCCGACUGCUAUAAAGGACCCGCUAAUUUAAUUUUCCUCCUCUCUCCCUCCGAUUUCGCGAUCAGUUCUCUGCUCCUCAGUCGGCGAGCAGAGAGAUAGAGAUAGAUAGAGAGAGAGAGAGAGAGAGUAACCAGUAAUGGCGUCACCGGUGACCGCCGGUUCGGCAGCCAGCUCCGCCGACUCGUACAUAGGCAGCCUCUUGAGCAUCGUGUCCAAGUCCGAGAUGCGAUACGAAGGCGUUCUCUACUACAUCAACCCUCAAGACGCGACAUUUGGCCUCAAGAACGUGAGAUCGUUUGGAACAGAGGGACGAAGAAAAGAUGGUCCACAAGUCCUUCCUGAUGAAAGGGUUUUUGAAUACAUUCAAUUCAGAGGGAGUGAUAUUAAGGAUUUAAAGGUUUUGCCAUCACCAACUCCCCAAGAUACAUCAUCUGUAUUUGAUGAUCCUGCCAUCAUACAGUCUCAUUACAUCCCUCCUAUGCCAAAAUCUACAAGUGCUCCAUAUGCUGCUUCUGCGGGCAUAGCAAAUCUUACCUCCACUGGAGGACUUCAAACUUCAGUAGUUAAAGAUAGCUUUCCUCUAUUUCCGCCUGUGAACUUGGCAUCAAUCGGUACAAUGCUGCCUCCACCAAGUGCACAAGUGAAUGCAGGUGCUAUGCUACCACAUGCGCAAGGACUUGGGGGCCCCUCGGCAGGGAUUACGUACUUACAACAGCAGUCGUUGGUUGGAUCGCCACAAGGUUUGCCAGCUGUAUAUACCAUGAAGCAGCAGUUGCAACAUCCUGCCUUUAAUUCGUCAAUCCCCAGUAGCACAUCAAACUUGAAUGAAUCCUCCCAGUCCUUCAUGCUGCCUGUGACUCUUGGAGCACUGAUCUCAACACCAAAUUUGAUCACUUCAUCGGCUUUUCCAUCGAAUUCUGCCUCAUUGAAUUCUCUUGUAACUCGUAAUGCAGUCUCAGAUAGUAGGCCUGGCAGUCUUUCAACAGUCGCAUUAAAUCCCAUGUUGCCAUCUCUGUCUCCAAUGACUGCUACUCUUUUGGAAAGAAGCCCCAUUAUACCUCAAAUUAUUGACAAAUCAAACUUGGUUAUAGCUUCAGGUUCGCAAAAGGAAAGUAUUCCUGGAACUUUGCCUUCUGUUGAUGGACCUUCGACCACAAGUAAUACGGAGGAAUUGAAACCAUCUGUUGUAGUCCCAGGUCAGUUUUUGCAGACUGCGCCUACUAACUCAUUGUCACGUUCUACUGAAAGUGUUCGUGAAGAUGUGGAGGUGGUGAAAGUCUUGACCUCAGAAUCACGUCAAACAUCCUCAAAAAAUGAUAAGGCACCAAUUUUGCAGCUGCAAACAGCAUCUGCCACAGAGGAUAUUAACAAGUUCCGUGAUAGUAAGAAACCUCACCAAAGGGGAAGAGGAGACACGAAAAGUGGGGCUAAUGCACCAAUUCGUAAAUAUGUCAAAAGUGGUACGGGGCAGAUAGAGAAGAAGAUAGAUGGGGCUUAUACACGUGCGAGCCAAAUUAGAAUUGGCAGUUCUAAGGAAAGAGGACAGAAGAAGGAUGCAACUGAUCCAAAAACUCAAGAAAGUAUGAGAGGCAGUCCAAGGGAAGGGGGAAAGAAGUAUUCCUUUUCAUAUCGGAGUAACAUAAGAAGUUCACAAAGUCAUAAGAAUGGAGAAAGCUGUGCACAGGAAAGCAGAAAGAAGUUGAGUGGAGCUGCUUCUCGCAGUGGCACUGGUGGUAGAGGAAGGGGUCGCGGGAGAGUAGCCACUGUGAUUCCCCGUGCCACCAAAUUUACUGAGGAUUUUGAUUUUGAGGCUAUGAACGAAAAAUUCAACAAGGAUGAAUUAUGGGGUGAUCUCGGUAAAAACAAGAAAGAUCAAUUGAAAGGCAAAGCCAAUGCAGGAGAGCAUGAAGCAGCCAAAAGUGAAGGUUCAGCAACAGCCAUGAAUUUGGACAUAAAGCCUGUGUAUGUCAAGGACGACUUUUUUGAUUCACUUUCAAGUGAUCAACCCAAUCGGAAGUUAAUUGAACAGAGAAAAAUAGACAAAGAGACUUUUGGUGACCUCAAGAUAGUUCGAGGGAAUCGCAGGACCCAGAGAGUGGCUGGAGGCUCCCAGUCCAGGGGUUCUAAUGAUGGAAGAGGACGACACUAUGCAGGACAGGGAAGAGGAAAGGUGCAGGCUGUGUGGACUCAGGUCACCUAGGUGACUCUUCUUGGACUAUUGUCUUUAGAUUUUCUGGUAGUCAGUCGAGCGUCCGAGGCCUGUGUUCUUUCUAGCUCGGAGAAAUGUGAGUAAUAUGCAGAAAGAAUGCAAACUUUUGGUCUGGAUUCACUGAUGUCACCGAUGGCUUCAUCGCACAAGUUGUAAAGGGAAGUUGAAUUCUAGAUGGCUGAGAAAUGAGUAGUUUCGCCGGAGAGCCUUGGACGGUUUGGCAAAAUUCCGAGACCAAUUCGAGUCUUUCUACGUGUUUGUGUCUUCGAGUUGAGAUGCAUCAAAUCUUCUCCUGAAUUCGCCUUAA